AUGUCGCGCUGCUUCGCGCUCCAAAAGCCCUACUCGCGCGUACCGCUCAACCCGCUCACACCCGCGCGCGUCGCGCGACUCGUCCCGCGCGCUCUUGAAGGAGCGGUAAUCGCGGAGGAAGGCGAGAGCUUGAACGGCGGCGUCGUCGCGUUCGACGCGGAAGAAGCGGCGGGAAACGGCGCAGCGGCGAUGGCGGAAGAUGAGGAGGUGUGGGAGCGGGAGCCCGAGGGACGCGGAGUUUCCCGCCAAAUCGUGGGAGUUUUGGGCGGCGGGCAGCUGGGUCGAAUGCUGUGCGAGGCGGCGUCGCCUUUAGGAAUCAAGGUCGCGGUGCUCGACCCGCUGCCAGACGCGCCGGCUCGUCCAGUGGCGUUCCGCCACGUGGUAGGAAGCUUCCAGGAUAUGGACACCGUGCGAGAAUUCGCGAAGAAGAGCGACGUGGUGACGGUGGAGAUAGAGCACGUGAACGUGGACGCGCUACAGCACCUGGAGGACGACGACUGCAUUGAUAUCGAACCUAAGCCCUCCACCAUCGGCGUCAUUCAGGACAAGUACCUGCAGAAGGUUCACUUCAGGAAUCGCGGCGUGCCUCUCCCAGACUUCGUGUCGAUACCAGAUAUGGCGGCAGCGGAGGCGGCAGGGGAGGAAUUCUCCUACCCCUUCAUGCUCAAGAGCCGCAAGAACGCGUACGACGGCCGCGGCAACGCUGUUGUGAACUCACAAGAAGACAUCGAGCAAGCUGUCGCAGACCUGGGGGGCUUUGAGCGAGGGCUGUAUGCUGAGAAGUGGGCUCCCUUCACCAAGGAGUUGGCAGUGAUGGUGGCAAGAGGGCGGGACGGGGAGAUCAAGAGCUUCCCUGUUGUCGAGACCACCCACCGAGACAACAUCUGCAACACAGUGGUCGUGCCGGCCGGUGUGCCGCCCGCAGUGCAGCAGCAGGCGCUGCGAGUGGCCGAGCUGGCGAUCGGCUCGCUCGCCGGGGCGGGCGUUUUUGGCGUGGAGCUGUUCCUGAUGGACGGCGACUCCGUCCUACUCAACGAGGUGGCGCCGCGGCCGCACAACAGCGGGCACUACAGCAUAGAGGCGUGCCACGUGUCGCAGUACGAGCAGCACCUCAGGGCGGUGCUGGGGCUGCCCCUUGGAGACCCCUCGCUCAAGGUCGGCGCUGCUGCUAUGGUCAACAUCCUGGGCGAGGCUGAUGGCGAUGAGGGCUUUGAGAUAUCGCAGGCCAUUCUGAAGCAGGCGCUGGUGGUGCCGGGGGCGUCCAUCCACUGGUACGACAAGUCAGACAUGCGCGCCAAGCGCAAGAUGGGGCAUGUGACGGUGGUGGCGCCGACGGUGCAGGAGGCAGUGAGGCGAAUCAACGCCAUCGUGCCACAAGCCAUGGGGGAUGGGCAGGCCGGGGACGGACAAGCGCCACAGGUGGCGAUCAUAAUGGGCAGUGACUCGGACCUGCCGGUCAUGAAGGGUGCGGCUCAAAUCCUCGACUUCUUCCAAGUGCCCUUCGAGCUGACCAUAGUGUCGGCUCAUCGCACACCUGAUCGCAUGUUCUCAUUUGCCCAGUCGGCACACACACGCGGCAUCCGAGUCAUCAUUGCUGGCGCUGGCGGUGCCGCCCACCUGCCAGGCAUGGUAGCAUCAAUGUCCCCUCUCCCUGUGAUAGGAGUACCAGUCAAGGGCUCGGCCCUGGGUGGCAUGGACUCACUUCUCUCCAUCGUUCAGAUGCCACGUGGCAUUCCAGUGGCCACAGUGGCAAUCAACAAUGCAGUCAACGCUGCUCUGCUUGCUGUGCGCAUGCUGGGAGCGUCCGAUCCCGCCCUCCUCGACCGUGUCCUGGUGUGUCCGAGUGUGCUUGACGGGCAGGGAUACCUUUUGUUCUCGAGGUGGGGCAUUCCUUCCUUCCACACACCCCACCCCUUCCCGCGCCACCAUCGCAGCAUGGUUGCGUACGAGAAGGGCCUAGAGGGCAUGGUGCUGGAGAAGGCAGGGCCAAUCCCCUUGUGCUCACCAUCUCUGUCUUUCCUUCACCUCCAUUUCCCUUCCACUCGUAACCUCCAUUUCCCUUCCACUCGUAACCUCCAUUUCCCUUCCACUCGUAACCUCCAUUUCCCUUCCACUCGUAACCUCCAUUUCCCUUCCACUCGUAACCUCCAUUUCCCUUCCACUCGUAACCUCCAUUUCCCUUCCACUCGUAACCUCCAUUUCCCUUCCACUCGUAACCUCCAUUUCCCUUCCACUCGUAACCUCCAUUUCCCUUCCACUCGUAACCUCCAUUUCCCUUCCACUCGUAACCUCCAUUUCCCUUCCACUCGUAACCUCCAUUUCCCUUCCACUCGUAACCUCCAUUUCCCUUCCACUCGUAACCUCCAUUUCCCUUCCACUCGUAACCUCCAUUUCCCUUCCACUCGUAACCUCCAUUUCCCUUCCACUCGUAACCUCCAUUUCCCUUCCACUCGUAACCUCCAUUUCCCUUCCACUCGUAACCUCCAUUUCCCUUCCACUCGUAACCUCCAUUUCCCUUCCACUCGUAACCUCCAUUUCCCUUCCACUCGUAACCUCCAUUUCCCUUCCACUCGUAACCUCCAUUUCCCUUCCACUCGUAACCUCCAUUUCCCUUCCACUCGUAACCUCCAUUUCCCUUCCACUCGUAACCUCCAUUUCCCUUCCACUCGUAACCUCCAUUUCCCUUCCACUCGUAACCUCCAUUUCCCUUCCACUCGUAACCUCCAUUUCCCUUCCACUCGUAACCUCCAUUUCCCUUCCACUCGUAACCUCCAUUUCCCUUCCACUCGUAACCUCCAUUUCCCUUCCACUCGUAACCUCCAUUUCCCUUCCACUCGUAACCUCCAUUUCCCUUCCACUCGUAACCUCCAUUUCCCUUCCACUCGUAACCUCCAUUUCCCUUCCACUCGUAACCUCCAUUUCCCUUCCACUCGUAACCUCCAUUUCCCUUCCACUCGUAACCUCCAUUUCCCUUCCACUCGUAACCUCCAUUUCCCUUCCACUCGUAACCUCCAUUUCCCUUCCACUCGUAACCUCCAUUUCCCUUCCACUCGUAACCUCCAUUUCCCUUCCACUCGUAACCUCCAUUUCCCUUCCACUCGUAACCUCCAUUUCCCUUCCACUCGUAACCUCCAUUUCCCUUCCACUCGUAACCUCCAUUUCCCUUCCACUCGUAACCUCCAUUUCCCUUCCACUCGUAACCUCCAUUUCCCUUCCACUCGUAACCUCCAUUUCCCUUCCACUCGUAACCUCCAUUUCCCUUCCACUCGUAACCUCCAUUUCCCUUCCACUCGUAACCUCCAUUUCCCUUCCACUCGUAACCUCCAUUUCCCUUCCACUCGUAACCUCCAUUUCCCUUCCACUCGUAACCUCCAUUUCCCUUCCACUCGUAACCUCCAUUUCCCUUCCACUCGUAACCUCCAUUUCCCUUCCACUCGUAACCUCCAUUUCCCUUCCACUCGUAACCUCCAUUUCCCUUCCACUCGUAACCUCCAUUUCCCUUCCACUCGUAACCUCCAUUUCCCUUCCACUCGUAACCUCCAUUUCCCUUCCACUCGUAACCUCCAUUUCCCUUCCACUCGUAACCUCCAUUUCCCUUCCACUCGUAACCUCCAUUUCCCUUCCACUCGUAACCUCCAUUUCCCUUCCACUCGUAACCUCCAUUUCCCUUCCACUCGUAACCUCCAUGUCCCUUCCACUCGUAACCUCCAUUUCAUUUCCCUUCCACUCGUAACCUCCAUUUCCCUUCCACUCGUAACCUCCAUUUCCCUUCCACUCGUAACCUCCAUUUCCCUUCCACUCGUAACCUCCAUUUCCCUUCCACUCGUAACCUCCAUUUCCCUUCCACUCGUAACCUCCAUUUCCCUUCCACUCGUAACCUCCAUUUCCCUUCCACUCGUAACCUCCAUUUCCCUUCCACUCGUAACCUCCAUUUCCCUUCCACUCGUAACCUCCAUUUCCCUUCCACUCGUAACCUCCAUUUCCCUUCCACUCGUAACCUCCAUUUCCCUUCCACUCGUAACCUCCAUUUCCCUUCCACUCGUAACCUCCAUUUCCCUUCCACUCGUAACCUCCAUUUCCCUUCCACUCGUAACCUCCAUUUCCCUUCCACUCGUAACCUCCAUAUUUCCCUUCCACUCGUAA